GUUGGUGGUGUGCCACCUAGCGGAACUCACUGUGUGCAACUUCCGGCCAAGUCCUCUUCUUCCGUCGCCGCCAUUGCCAAGAUGUACUCGGCGAGCGCUAAAAUAAUUAAGCCUCAAGGCGAGAAGCCCGAUGACUUCGAGCAGUCGGUCUCACAGGCCCUGCUUGAGCUUGAGAUGAACAGUGACCUGAAGGCCCAGCUUCGUGAACUGUACAUUUCAGGAGCCAAGGAAAUUGAUGUGGCUGGCAAGAAAGCUAUCAUCAUCUUUGUACCAGUUCCACAGCUGAGACAAUACCAGAAAAUCCAAACCCGUUUGGUUAGGGAGCUGGAAAAAAAAUUCAGCGGAAAGCAUGUUGUAUUUAUUGCACAGAGGAGGAUUCUACCUAAGCCAACAAGGAAAACCAGAAGGAAGAACAAACAGAAGCGCCCUAGAUCCCGUACUCUUACAGCAGUACACGACAGUAUCCUGGACGAUCUGACCUUCCCUGCAGAAAUUGUUGGCAAGAGAAUCCGCAUCAAGUUGGACGGAUCCAGGCUGAUCAAGGUCCACCUUGAUAAAACUCAGCAAACAAACAUUGAGCACAAGAUGGAUACAUUCACGGCUGUGUACAAGAAACUGACUGGGAAGGACGUUACAUUUGAGUUCCCAGAAUUUGUGCUUUAAGGCGGACUGGAAACAAAAAUAAAAAAAAUGUGAUACAAAA